GUACGCCGCCACCUGAGCCAGUAGUCGACAAGGAAUUUACAGUUCCUAACCCCAACGAUACUGAUAAAAACACAACACCGGUAGAUCCACCUCAAUCCAUUCCACUACCUCCAUUCGUUUUUCCAAAAAACAUUC